AUGACUUUAUUUGGGCUGUCGUUUUUUGUUCUGGCUUUAUCCUUCUUUACUGUCUAUAGCGGGCCUACAGGUGUUCACUUGCGCAACAUGGAGAGCUUCAUCCAAGCCGUGCAGCAGGUGGAAGACUCCAAUCCCGGUCUGUGCCCCCUGGCUCUGGUCCGGGCCCUGCGGAAGACUGCCGGCCAUGACGAUGAGAUGACCAUUCACUUCCUGGGUGCCUCGUAUAGCAUUGCUUACGCUGAGGUCCUAGAAAAAGCAAUUCUUAAUGCCUCAUCCUUUAGCUUCUUUGACAAGGCCAUCCACCAUAUUGUGACAGAUUACGGAGAGGAACGAGGGGUGGUCCUCGCUCCUGAUGGCACCACGGUAGCCCUUGCUCCUUUACUGCUAGGAAUCGAAACAGGUCUGAGAGCAAAGGUGGAGGGGACACCACCAGUUGGGAUGUUCCCUCUCACUUUAGGUCGAAGGCUGGGCUUGUCCUUCCUCAGCCUCCAGGACUUCCCUCCGUCUAAUCGUCUGGGGCCCAACGGGUGUUGGGACAGUGUGGAGCGCCCUAAGUUGUUCAAGCUGUCUCGGCCUGCCACACUGGCCACUGAUGCCGUCAUUAAUGGGGGCAUGGAUGGUGUUAUACUGGGAAUGGACUACAGCAACCUCCCUGCAUCUGAACAGCCGCAGGCCCUCAGCGAGUUUCUGAAAGGAUACUACAGUUAUGUCCUGCAUGAGGAGCAGGGUCUUGAUGAUAUCACUAGCCAUGUCAGCCCGAGGCGAAGGGAGAUCUCUAGAUCCAUUCUGGAGCCACUCGAUCUUUACAGCCAGGUGAUGGAGACACUAGCAUUAGUCUGGAAGUUGGAGAAGACAGAGUGGAUUGCUCUAGACACUGGAGUGGGGAAAGCAGUGAAGGAUGGAUUACAGGAAUUUGUGAACAAAUUCUGGGUCUGCCCUCAAAUCAUCCCACGUUGUCAGUGGGGGGCAAAAGCCUAUCAGAGUACACCUAUCCCACUGUCUCUGCCCGUUCAAUUUCUCUAUGUUCACCACACCUAUGAGCCAUCCUCACCCUGUCUAUCCUUCCCAAACUGCUCUCGCAACAUGAGAGCCAUGCAGCGUUUCCACCAGGAGGAUCGUGGUUGGAGCGACAUAGGAUACAGCUUUGUGGUUGGCUCUGACGGCUACGUCUAUGAAGGCCGAGGUUGGAAAUACCUUGGCACACACACCAGGGGACACAACUCCAUCGGGUACGGCGUGUCAAUCAUCGGUAACUACACUGCCGCCCUGCCGUCCCACCAUGCCAUGGACCUGCUGCGCCACCGACUGGUCCAAUGUGCAGUAGAUAGAGGAGGACUGGCUGCCAACUUUACCAUCCAGGGCCACAGACAGGUGGUGAACUACACCUCCUGCCCUGGAGACGCCUUCUUUUCAGAAAUAAGAAGCUGGGAACACUUCAGGGAAUGA